AUGGGUUUUGUUAAGUUAUCUACAUGGAUCCUUCUCACCGUAGCGAUGAUCGGAGUUUCGUCGGCGAUCGACAUGUCGAUCAUCUCAUACGACGAGAACCACCACAUCACCACCGCCGUGAACGGCCGUAGCGAAGCCGAGGUUGCGAGUAUCUACGAUGCGUGGUUGGUGAAACACGGCAAGAAGAAGAAUCAGAACGAUCUUCUUCUUGUCGGAGAGAACAAAGAGAGAUUCGAGAUCUUUAAAGACAAUCUCCGUUUCGUCGAUGAACACAACAACAAGAAAAACCUCAGUUACAAACUCGGUUUGACUCGGUUCGCUGAUCUAACCAACGAAGAGUACCGAUCUAUUUACCUCGGUGCUAAACCGAAGAAGAGAGUCCUCAAAACCAGCGAUCGGUACGAGGCGCGUAUAGGUGACGCUCUACCGGAAUCCGUUGACUGGAGGAAAGAAGGUGCCGUGGCCGCCGUUAAAGAUCAGGGAAGCUGCGGGAGUUGUUGGGCAUUUUCAACUAUUGGAGCAGUGGAAGGAAUAAACAAGAUUGUGACAGGAGAUCUAAUCUCUUUGUCUGAACAAGAACUUGUUGAUUGUGACACAUCUUAUAACCAAGGUUGUAAUGGUGGUUUGAUGGAUUAUGCGUUUGAGUUCAUCAUUAAAAAUGGCGGUAUUGAUACCGAAGAAGAUUAUCCAUACAAGGCUAAUGAUGGUCGUUGUGAUCAGAACAGGAAAAACGCAAAGGUUGUUACAAUUGAUUCUUACGAGGAUGUGCCUACCAACAGCGAGGCUUCUCUAAAGAAAGCAUUGGCUAAUCAGCCUAUUAGUGUUGCCAUUGAAGCUGGUGGUCGCGCGUUCCAGCUCUAUGAUUCGGGUGUAUUUGAUGGAACAUGUGGUGUAGAGCUAGACCACGGAGUUGUGGCUGUUGGUUACGGAACCGAGAACGAAAAAGACUAUUGGAUUGUGAGAAACUCAUGGGGAAACAACUGGGGAGAGAGUGGAUACAUUAGGAUGGCACGUAACAUUGCAGAGCCAACAGGAAAGUGUGGAAUCGCGGUGGAAGCUUCGUACCCGAUCAAGAAAGGUCAGAACCCGCCAAACCCUGGACCGUCACCGCCAUCUCCCAUUAAGCCACCAACAACAUGUGACAAAUACUUUUCAUGUCCUGAGAGCAACACUUGUUGUUGUCUAUACAAGUACGGGAAGUACUGCUUCGGUUGGGGAUGUUGCCCGCUCGAAGCAGCUACUUGCUGCGACGAUAACUCUAGCUGCUGUCCUCAUGAGUACCCGGUUUGUGACAUUAACCGCGGAACCUGUUUGAUGAGCAAGAACAGUCCGUUUAGCGUGAAGGCGAUGAAGCGCACACCCGCGAAACCAUUCUGGGCACAUAGCAGAAAGAACAUUGCGUAA